AGCGAAGACUUUGCACUACAGCUAGCGACUGUCUUUGUACCAUUAGCGGCUUCCAGUAAAGUUGUCAUCCGGCACGAGGCUCAGUGGCAAUUUGCACCCCUUCUUGACCACGCUCGCGCGAAACAUUGGACAAUGAUCACCCAAAGCUCGGCCUUCGAAGCACUCGACGGCUUCAUUCGCAGUCUCGAACGGUACGACGACCCGCCUGUGGAGAGGACUAUUGACAAAUUCGACCCCGUCAACGAUCACAAUCUUACUCACUUGGUGGAAGGACCAUGGUGGGGACUAGACAAUGUCGAGCAGCGCCAGACUUCUCGCAAAGACUUUGUGUCUCUGUACGAACGUGACGAUGCGAAUGUCACCAUUCCACCCUCCUGCAUCCCUCUCGGUGACCCUCUGCCAUCAGAAGGACGAGAAAUUAACUCAACAAAUCAACACACCAUCGACCAUGAAAGGCGCAUGCUCCAAAACAUUGACAACAUCUCCCGUGCCCUUGGUUCAGGUGCCGCAGAACCCGACUCCGUAACCAUUGCUCUGCAAACGAAAGGCGCAGGCUAUCUCUCCAGCUCAAAUCUCCGACAACGACAUUCCAACCUCCUCGUGGUAGCCUCUCUGGUCGACAACCCGUACAACCUGGGCGGUCUCUCCCGCGUCAGCGAGAUCUUCGGAGCAGGAGCUCUCUACCUCCCUUCGCCAACCGUGACUUCAAACAAAGACUUUCAGUCGGUGAGCGUAGCUUCGCAUCUCCAUAUUCCACUCAAAGCACUUCUGGCGAAGGAUCUGGAGAACUUUCUGGCGGAGAAGAAGCGAGAGGAAGGGUUUCGGGUUGUGGGGAUUGAGCAGACCGAUCGGUCAGUGUUGUUGGGAGAUGAGGCAUGUGUUCUGCCCGAGAAAUGUAUUUUGGUGAUUGGCAGUGAAAGGGAGGGCAUUCCAGCUAUAGUGUUGAGCCUAUGUGAUCUGCUCGUGGAAAUUCCACAGAUAGGGAUCACGAGAAGUCUGAAUGUGCAGACCGCGGCAGGGAUUGUGCUUUGUGAAUAUGCGAAGCAAUUC